AUGGCAUCUACAGUCUCCUCUACUGGUCAAGCUGCCUCAAAGAAAACCACUGCCGUCGACCCGGCUCCCCGUAUGUCUCCCUCCAGCUCUACUAGUUCCGACGUAUCUAUGGCCCGCUCCAUCUCGCCCCCUCCCACCCUCAACGUCCCCAGCGACACUCAAAUCUCCGCUACGCCCGCCGGCCUCUACACGCAGCCCGACAGCCCAGGUCUUUCCACCCAGGCCCGCCUCUACAAUGCGGAGGCACCUGCACUCGCCUUCAACCUUGCGGCCGAGGCCGCGCUUCUGCCUCAUGGCCCCCUCCCCUCUACCUCGCCUGCCCCGCCUGUCUCCAGACUCGGCAAAUUGGACCGGUACUUCCGGUCCCUCAGUGCCCAUUUCACUCCCCUCUCCCAGCCUGCUCCGGACUCCCCGCUCCCGGCGUCUGUCCCGUCUUUCCGGCACCCCGCUAUCCUCAGCGCUCGCUUCCUGGCCGCUAUGGCCAAACUCAACGCUCAACCCAAAUCCCAACGCCCCCCGGAGGAAAAAGCCCGUCUGGGGGACAUCCUACAAGCCUUCCUCAAUGACAGCUUUUCCACCGCGUCCCGCAAAGCCGCGAAUGCGGCCUACGCGUUCGUCCGCGGUCUCCUCGACACCUCCCCCUUCUCCACUAGUGACGCCCCCCCCCCGAGGUGCACGACCUUACACCCGAUCUCGACUCACUCGACUUAG